GUUGUGUUUGUGUCCGCUAGAGAGCGCGGUGCGGCAGCGCUCGCGACACACACAGAGCAGCGGUGCGUGCUCGGGACAUCAAAGCAAAACUGGUUACAAAGUAACAAUCUUGGCGCGUCAUCAAAGCAGCGGCGGGAAACAUCAGAGCGAGGAGUGUCGCAGCCUGCGGGAGGUCACUGAAGUGUAACUAAAGAAAGCGAAAUAACGGGGAAAAGCGGAAAUAACUGGCGCGUGGUCAUCACAAUCCAGUUUCUGCGGGGCUCGUGCUGUUGCAUUCGGUUGCUGCCAUGCACAUAUAAGUCAUGUUCACUAGAUAGGGAGCCAAGAGACACGGAUUAUUGCUCGUACUGUUGCGCCAUAACAGGACAGAGAGUUUGACUGCCUGAGUGUUUACAACGAUAUGGGAAGACCCUCAUCUGUCCAGUAAGAAUGUAUCCGUUGCACAGAGAGAGGGAGCAGCCCUUCUUCAGCACAAGAGCUCAUGUGUUUCAAAUCGAUCCCGCCACCAAACGCAACUGGAUCCCUGCCAGCAAGCAUGCGGUCACAGUCUCUUUCUUCUAUGAUGCAAACAGACACGCCUACCGCAUCAUCAGUGUGGGAGGGACCAAGGCCAUCAUUAACAGCACUAUCACACCCAACAUGACAUUCACGAAGACGUCUCAGAAGUUUGGUCAAUGGGCAGACAGCAGAGCAAACACUGUUUAUGGCCUCGGAUUCGCCACAGAGCAGCAACUGCACCAGUUUGCUGAGCAUUUUAAGGAGGUAAAGGAAGCUACACGUCUGGCCAGAGAGAAGUCGCAGGAUAAGAUGGAGUUGAGCAAUGCAGCUCUCAGUAUCGCAGCUCCACAGGAUCUGUCUGAUGAGCUGCAGUCUCCUCCUAUGAUGUGUGUGAACGGGCCGGAAGACAAACUCUUCAGGAGUCAAAGCGCUGAUAUCACUCUGUCCUCAGACAAGGAGCGCAUUAAAAAGAUGCUCUCAGAAGGGUCCAUCUGUGAGAUAAAUCUUGAAGCAGAGCUCUUCACAUUACAGGACAGUAAUGCUAAACUUGUGGCUGCGCUGCAUGAAGCUAACGCUAACGUUGAGCAGUGGAAGAAACAGCUAGUGGCGUAUCAAGAGGAGACGGAUAGAUUACGAGACCAGGUGGCAGAACUGGAGGCUCACGGGGGCCCGGGGCCCAGCGAUAUGCUGAAAGAUGAACUCACUCAAUCCCUGGAGGAACUGGAGAACUUACUGAAGGCAAAGGACGAGGAAAUCCGUAUUCUUCAGAGUAAGAAAUCUGACUUCCAUGAGUUGGAACAGGAGAGAGAAGAGGCCAUACACAGACUACAGGAGUUAGAGAUGCGUAACGUUGAACUGGAGCGGCGAGUGCAGAACACAGAGCAAAACCUCACCUCUGCUCUGGAAGACCGCGAUCGUGCUGAGAACGAGGUGCAAAGGGUCAUUCAGAUCCUCGAUGUCAAGAUCUUUGACCUCAACGAUCUCCGACAGAGUCUGGUCAAACUGAUCAGUAAAUAAUCUGAUUGGAGCAGAUCAGUCCUGGAGACGCGAGACUGUUAACGCUAAUCCUGAUGGCCGCUGCAAGAGGCACCUCAUCCACUAGAGGGUGUAGUUCAGCUUUUCAAAUAGUGUCUGUAUGUGAGGGGGUGUGAUGUGGCAGUUUACAGACACAAUUUUCCCAGCUUUGGUUUCUCUAGUUUUGUUUCAAAUUUGCACUGAACAAUAGCUUUCAUUAAAAGCAUAGCAAUAAAUUUCAGUGGCGAGAUUAUGUUGGUACAGUGUGAAGGUUGACGUAAUGGUACAUUCUCACUAUUGUCUUGUAUGAAUUGUGAGAAGCUUUAUUUUUGAUAUACUGUUUGUCAAAAGCAUGUAAGGCCACUUUACAGUACCACAUAGAGUAAUAAAUCAGAUUUCAAUGACUGAAUUAUAGGUUAUUUAAUUGCCUGUGCCGUAUUCAACAAUUGGACAAUAUAAUUUAAUUCAGUAUUGAACUUCGUAUUAUGCUAAUGUUACAUACGAUUUCAUUUUUUUAAAACCAUAUCCACAAGUUUUUAGCAAAGACUAGUGACUAAAACUAAAAACAAAGCUUUUGGGAGAUAUAAGCAAAAUAUGACUUUGUCCGCACUAAUACGUUUUCACCCGAAAGUACGUUUUCCAAAGUCGGAGAGAGUUUUCGAAAUGCUCCAUUUUCGGUGGAGGAAAACGUAAUUUCUAGUGUGGAUGAGAGGCGUAAACGUAUCAAAACUGAUGUGUUUUCAAACUUAAACGUAUCAGUGUGGAUGUGGUUUAGGAAUUUUCGAACAAAUUCAUAUUAGUUAGGGAUGCACCAAUGUAUCUGCUGCUAAUAUUUAUUGGCCAAUUACUGACCAAAUUAAAACCAUCGGCAAAUGGUUUUAAGCAUGAAAACGCUGAUAUGAAAAAACGAUGUUAAUUUUUACUUUUUUUUCCCCAAUUUGGAAUGGCCAAUUCCCAAUGCGCUCUAAGUCCUUGUGGUGGCCUAGUGACUCGUCUCAAUCCGGGUGGCGGAGGACGAAUCUCAGUUGCCUCCGCAUCUGAGACCGUCAAUCCGCGCAUUUUAUUUUGUGAAAGUAGAGCACGUUACCGCGGAGAUAUAGCGUGUGUGGAGGCUUUACGCUAUUCUUCGCAGCAUCCGCUCAUCGCACCACGCGCCCCACUGAGAGCGAGAACCACAUUAUAGCGACCACAAGGAGGUUACCCAUGUGACUCUACCCUCCCUAGCAACCGGGCCAAUUUGGUUGCUUAGGAGACCUAGCUGGAGUUACUCAGCACACCCUGGAUUCAAACUUGCGACUCCAGGUGUGGUAGUCAGCAGCUUUACUCGCUGAGCUACCCAGGCCCCCCUCGAUGGUUCAUUUUUAAUUAAUUCACAUUUUCAAUCAACACACUUUGUAAAAACUCUUUGAAUUUAAAUGCACAAUCCAGAAAUAAUGAUAGCCACAGAAUCUAGAGGGGUUGGAACUCCUAAGAACAUGUAAUAAUUAAUUUAUAAUCAUUCUUAUUCUCACAUUAAUAAGGAAAACCGUCAUUACAGACUUGAAUGUUGUGAAAGUGGCACUUACCUAUACAUGAUGAGGUAAAACCAUCCAAAACGCAUUGAAACCAGCAAACUUUGACUUCUGAGACAUUGGUAUGGUAUCCAUUAAGGCUUCACGAUUGAUUAAGAUUGAAAUCACAAUAUGGUCUUAUGUGAUUACAAAAGCUUGAAUUGCUGCGUUUAAAAAAUAGACCACAAUCAGUGCUUCAGUCAGCAUUGUGUAAGCAAGCGGCGCCCUCUAGUGGUAUGGAUGACAUUUUCCAUUAUCCAUUACACCACAAUAGAACUGAAAAGACAGUUUUGUUCCUUAGAAAAGUCCACACACCCCUGUUAAAACAGCAGG